UCUGGGCGCCCAGGACUUCGGCACCGCCUACGCCCAUUACCUGCUGGUGCUCAGCCUGGCGCCCGAGCUCAAAGACGACGUCAAGAACCUGCUUCCUUUCCCCGUCACUCUAGUCAAUGUCGUAGAGAUUCAGUUGCAAGUGUUAACUGCUCUGUAUAAAAUAUGUGAAGAUAAUUUUAAAUACAUUCACGAUGAAGUUGGAUUGUCUGAAGUCUUCACACUUUCUAUAAUCUUGCAGUGUGGAGAGUACCUGGAGGGAACCGCCAGAUUAGGUUGUAACAGUGGGAAUUGAGAAGAGGAGACUUUUCAGUACACACUCUUCAAAUGGGCUGAAGAGCUUCACGCUCUCAAUCGAAUACAAGACUUACUUGGUUGCUAUGAGCAGGCCUUGGAGCUUCUUCCUGAUGAUGAAGUGAUUUGCAAUAGCAUGGGGGAACAUCUCUUCAGGAUGGGCUUUAGAGAUGAAGCAGCUGGGUAUUUUCGUAAAGCAGUGAAGCUAAACCCUGAUUUCAAUGAUGCAAAGGAGAAUUUUUAUCGUGUUGCAAACUGGUUGGUGGAACGCUGGCAUUUUAUCAUGCUUAAUGACACCAAGAGGAAUAUGGUAUAUAAUGCAGCAAUCAAAAAGGCUGUUAGUUUGGGAUCCAAAAGUGUUUUGGACAUUGGAGCAGGAACUGGAAUUCUAAGCAUGUUUGCUAAGAAGGCUGGAGCACACUCUGUUUAUGCCUGUGAGUUAUCCAAGACCAUGUAUGAACUUGCCUGUGAUGUAGUGGCAGCCAACAAGAUGGAAGCAGGGAUCAAACUGUUGCAUAUGAAGUCACUUGACAUAGAGAUUCCGAAACACAUUCCUGAAAGAGUGUCCCUAGUUGUAACAGAAACUGUCGAUGCAGGUUUAUUUGGAGAAGGAAUUGUGGAGAGUUUGAUACAUGCAUGGGAGCAUUUACUUUUGCAACCAAAGACCAAAGGUGAAAAUGGUAAUUAUGAAAACUAUGGGAAAGUUAUACCAGCAAGUGCUGUAAUAUUUGGGAUAGCAGUCGAGUGUGCAGAAAUAAGAAGACAUCAUAGAGUGGGUAUGAAGGAUGUUGCUGGUAUCCACUUGCCAGCCAAUGUGAAAUUUCAUAGUCCAGCAUACUCUUCUGUGGAUACUGAAGAAACAGUUGAACCUUAUACAACUGAAAAGAUGAGUCGGAUCCCUGGGGGCUAUGUGCCUUUGACAGACUGCUUCAAAAUUAUGACAGUAAAUUUCAACAGUCUUCAGGAAUUAAAAAGUCUUGCAGCUAGAAAGCCUGAUCAGAUUUGUGUUCCUGUUAUGAAAGAAGGCAUCCUCGAUGCUGUUGUGGUUUGGUUUGUGCUCCAGCUCGAUGAUGAACACAGUCUGUCCACAAGUCCUGGGGAGGAAACGUGCUGGGAGCAGGCUGUGUACCCUGUGCAGGACCUCGCAGACUAUUGGGUGAAGCCUGGGGACCACGUGGUGAUGGAAAUAUCUUGCCAAGAUUGUUACUUAAGAAUCCAACAUAUUAGUAUCUUGGAUUUGGAGCAUGAAAUGGAUACUGCAAAAAGUUUUAACAAUAAAGACUUGUCAUCUUUUGGAAAUGAGGCUGAACUCUGUGAUGCCCUGGCAAACCUUCAGACCAGUAAUCCAGAUGCUGUGGAACAGGUGUGUGUUUUGGAAUCCACAGAAAUUGCUUUGCUGAACAACAUCCCAUAUCAUGAAGGCUUUAAAAUGGCAAUGAAAAAAGUGCUGUCUUCCUUGACUCCAGAGAAACCAUGUCAGGCCAUGGAUACUCACUGUCAGGACAGCGAAAUGAGCUCUGGAGCUGAACAGAGUGAUGCUGUGGAGAGCAGCCCCGAGCCUUUCUACGUGUUGGAUGUGUCUGAAGGCUUCUCUGUCCUGCCUAUCAUCGCUGGCACACUCGGACAGGUUAAACCAUACAGCUCUGUGGAGAAAGAACAGCACCGUAUCACGUUGGGUCUCAUAUCUGAAGCCAAUCACUUUCCUAAAGAAACACUUGAGUUUUGGCUGAGACAUGUUGAGGAUGAAUCUGCUAUGUUGCAAAGACCAAAGUCAGACAAGUUGUGGAGCAUAAUUAUAUUGGAUGUUAUUGAGCCCUCUGGACUCAUUCAGCAGGAAAUAAUGGAAAAAGCGGCAAUAUCCAGAUGUUUACUACAAUCUGGGGGCAAGAUCUUUCCUCAGUACGUGUUGAUGUUUGGGUUGCUUGUGGAAUCACAGACACUGGUAGAAGAGAGUGCUGUUCAAGGAAUAGAGCGGACUCUGGGAUUCAAUAUAGCACCUUUCAUUAACCAGUUUCAGGUACCUAUACGUGUGUUUUUGGACCUCUCCUCAUUGCCCUGCAUACCUUUAAGCCAGCCAGUGGAACUCUUACGAUUAGACUUAAUGACUCCGUAUUUGAACACUUCCAACAGAGAAGUAAAGGUACACAUUUGUAAAACUGGGCAAGUGACUGCUAUUCCAUUUUGGUAUCAUAUGUACCUUGAUGAAGAGAUUAAGUUGGAUACAUCAAGUGAAGCCUCCCACUGGAAACAAGCUGCUGUUGUUUUAGAUAAGCCCAUCCAGGUUGAAAUGGGACAGGAGCUUACACUAAGUGUUCAGCACCACAAAAGCAACGUGAGCAUCACAGUAAAGCAAUGACGACCAGUUUCAUGAUGCAGACUGUUUUAACUAGAGCAUCGGAGACAAAAAUGACCUGAGUUAGUGGGACUGUAAUCAUAUAAUGAGUGUAUGAAGCUUAAUUCCUUGUAACAAGUAUUUUUAAAAAUGACAAUAAAGCAUAUUUAAAAGAUACU